CGGAAACAGAGCAGAGGCAGGCUAGUUUAAGAUGCUAACACUGUUUUUAUGUUCAGUUCAUCAAAUUAUUAAAGAUUAAUCAUCAAUCUACUGAACUAACGGAUCUGGUGGACAAGUGACUGAUCGGACGGAUGUGAAUCGCUUAAAGAUUAAUCAAACACUUAAGAUGAAGAAACAUAUAAUUUUAUUCUGCUCGCUCUUCAUCAAUAAUCAUCAAUAAUAAUUAUAAUACACACGCAGAUUAUCUACGCUCUUCUUCAAGAGAAACUGGAUGGAAGUCUUGGGGUCCGCUAAGAACUGAAGAAUUAACAAACAUAAUCUGACAGACAGUGAUUCAUGAAAACACACGAGUGUGUCGCGCACUGAUGUUGUUUGUGAGAUGAUGUGUGUGUGUUUGUGAGAUGUCGGUGUUCAGUGAGUUCGUGGCACCGCCGGAGUGUCCCGUGUUCGAGCCCAGCUGGCAGGACUUCAGCGACCCGUUCGGAUUCAUCCAUAAAAUCAGAGAGAUCGCCGAGAACACCGGUAUUUGCAAGAUCAGACCGCCACAGGGUUGGCAGCCUCCUUUUGCCUGUGACGUUCGGAGUUUCCGCUUCACUCCACGAAUCCAACGCCUCAAUGAACUAGAGGCCCUCACCAGAGUCAAGCUCAACUUCCUGGAUCAGAUUGCCAAGUUUUGGGAGCUUCAGGGUUGUAAACUGCGUUUUCCUCAUGUGGAGAGAAAAGUGCUGGAUCUGUACUUGCUGAGCAAGCUUGUGUCUGCAGAAGGUGGUUUUGAACUGGUCUGUAAGGAGAAGCGCUGGUCUAGGAUCAGCAGUCGCAUGGGCUUCCCAUCAGGGAAGGGAAUCGGAUCUCUGCUGCGCUCUCACUUUGAGCGGCUUCUGUAUCCAUAUGAACUCUUCCAGACUGGAGCAUCAUUAACAAGUGUUCACAGGCUUUAUCCAGCAGCUCCUGAUGAUGUUGAUGAAGGUGUCGGAGAGGAUGAGGAGGAUGAACAGAAGGAGAGAAGAACUGAGAGACGCUCUCCACGACACCUGAAAGAUGAGAGAGAAAACACUGAACCUAAAGCUGUACAGAUGUUCGGCAGCGCUCCUCAGAUACUCACCGUAGAGCUCAUCACACCUGAUGAUGAAGGGUAUAUCAGGAGACAGAAGCACAUGAAAGCUCAAUCGUUUGCUCUUAAAAUGCGUCCACGCAAAGAGAUUCUGGAAGUGAAUUAUAUUGACCUGUACAUGUGUAUGGUGUGUGGGCGGGGCGAUGAAGAGGACCGCCUCCUCCUUUGUGAUGGCUGUGAUGACAGUUACCACACCUUUUGUCUGAUCCCACCACUGCAGGACGUGCCUAAAGGAGACUGGCGUUGCCCCAAAUGUGUAGCAGAGGAGUGCAACAAGCCUCGGGAGGCGUUUGGAUUCGAGCAGGCCGUCCGUGAAUACACUCUCCAAAGCUUUGGCGAGAUGGCCGACCACUUCAAAUCAGAUUACUUCAACAUGCCCGUUCAUAUGGUGCCCACAGAACUGGUGGAGAAGGAGUUCUGGCGUUUGGUGAGUAGUAUUGAGGAGGAUGUGAUCGUGGAGUAUGGCGCUGAUAUCAGCUCGAAAGAUGUUGGCAGUGGAUUUCCUGUACGAGACCGAAAGAGAAAACUUUUUGGAGAUGAGGACGAGUAUGCUAACUCUGGCUGGAAUUUGAACAACAUGCCAGUGUUGGAGCAGUCUGUCCUCUCUCACAUUAACGGGGAUAUCUCUGGGAUGAAGGUGCCCUGGCUUUAUGUGGGCAUGUGCUUCUCAUCUUUCUGCUGGCACAUAGAGGACCACUGGAGCUACUCCAUCAACUUCCUGCACUGGGGUGAACCUAAGACGUGGUAUGGAGUUCCAGCACAUGCAGCAGAGCAGCUGGAGACUGUGAUGAAGAAAGUGGCUCCAGAACUCUUUGACUCACAGCCGGAUCUUCUGCAUCAACUCGUCACACUCAUGAACCCAAAUGUUCUAAUGGAACAUGGUGUCCCGGUGUAUCGGACUAAUCAGUGUGCAGGAGAGUUUGUGGUGACCUUCCCAAGAGCCUAUCACAGCGGCUUCAAUCAAGGCUACAACUUUGCUGAAGCGGUGAACUUCUGCACGGCAGACUGGUUGCCUAUUGGGCGUCAAUGUGUGGCACAUUACCGGCGUCUGCAGAGAUACUGCGUGUUCUCGCACGAGGAGCUGGUAUGUAAGAUGGCCGCUGAUCCCGACAGUCUAGAUGUUGAGCUGGCCGCAGCAGUAGUCCGAGAGCUCGCCUACAUGAUGGAGGAGGAGACGAGACUGAGAGCAGCCGUGCAGGACAUGGGUGUACUGUCCUCAGAGCAGGAGGUGUUUGAACUGCUGCCUGAUGAUGAGCGCCAGUGUUGGAGGUGUAAGACCACCUGUUUCCUGUCUGCUGUUACCUGCAGCUGCAGCCCGGAGCGUCUGGUGUGUCUGCACCAUGCAGCUGAACUUUGCUGCUGUGCGGCCAGCAACAAAAGUGUGCGGUACAGAUACAGUCAGGACGAAUUUCCCACAAUGCUUUUUGGUGUGAAGUCACGUGCUCAAUCGUACGACACUUGGGCAAAGAGAGUCACUGAAGCACUGGCGGCUGAUAUUAAGAGCAAGAAAGAUCUUAUUGAGCUGAAAGUUCUGCUGGAGGACGCUGAAGAUCGGAAGUACCCCGAGGACAAUCUGUUCCGCAGUCUCAGAGACUCAGUGAAAGAUGCAGAGACAUGUUCAUCUGUGGCUCAACUAUUGCUCAGCCACAAACACCCAUACAAAAGAGAACAUCCUGACAGCAGCGUGCAGCGAGUUCGCAGCAAACUGAGCGUGGAGGAGUUGAAAGUGUUUGUGGAGCAGUUGUACCGUCUGCCCUGCAUCAUCAGUCAGGCUCGUAAUGUCAAAGAAUUGCUGGAGAACGUGGAGGACUUUCACGAGCGUGCACAGUUGGCUCUAGCAGACGUGACUCCUGACUCCAGUAAGCUGCAGGCUCUGGUGGAUCUGGGCUCAGGUCUGGACGUGGAGCUGCCAGAGCUGCCGAGACUUAAGCAGGAGUUGCAGCAGGCGCGCUGGCUGGACGAGGUGCGGCUCACGCUGAUGGAGCCGCAGCGUGUGACUCUGGAGCUCAUGAAGCGCCUCAUUGACUCAGGCGUGGGUCUGGCUCCUCAUCAUGCAGUCGAGAAGGCCAUGGCGGAACUUCAGGAGCUGCUGACGGUGUCAGAGCACUGGGAGGAGCGAGCGCAAGCAUGCCUGCAGGCAAGGCCUCGCCACAGUUUACUCACACUGGAUAGUAUCGUAAUGGAGGCCAAGAAUAUCCCAGCAUACCUGCCCAAUGUGCUCGCCCUCAGAGAUGCCUUGCACAAAGCCAAGGAGUGGACUGCCAAAGUGGAAGCCAUUCAGAACGGCAGUAACUAUGCCUACCUGGAGCAGUUGGAGAGUCUGUUGGGGAGAGGUCGCUCCAUCCCUGUGAGGCUAGAAGCUCUGCCACAAGUGGAGUCACAAGUUGCAUCUGCCAGAGCCUGGAGAGAGAGAACUGCUCGCACCUUCUUGAAGAAGAACUCAACCUACACUUUACUGCAGGUUCUCAGUCCACGUGUUGACAUUGGUGUGUAUGGCACCAGUAAGAGCAAACGCAAGCGUGUGAAAGAACUGCUGGAGAAGGAUCGCAGCCUGGAGAUGGAGACUCUGAGCGACCUGGAGGACAGUUUGGAGGAAAUCCGUGACCCAGCUGCAGUCGUUGCCUCCUUCAAAGCCAGAGAACAUCAGGAAGCGGAGGCUAUCCAUUCGCUCCGUGCAGCCAAUCUGGCCAAGAUGGCUAUGGUAGAGCGCAUCGAGGAGGUGAAGUUCUGCCUGUGUCGCAAGACAGCCAGCGGCUUCAUGCUUCAGUGUGAGCUGUGUAAAGACUGGUUCCAUGGCGCUUGCGUUCCCCUGCCCAAAGCCGGCUCUCAGAAGAAGAUGGUGGCUGGCUGGCAGGGCUCCAGCAAGGACUCAAAGUUUCUUUGCCCGUUGUGCCAGCGUUCCAGGCGGCCGAGACUGGAAACCAUCCUGUCGCUGCUGGUGUCACUGCAGAAGCUUCCGGUGCGACUGCCGGAGGGCGAGGCGCUACAGUGCCUGACUGAGAGAGCCAUGGGUUGGCAGGAUCGUGCUCGGCAAGCCCUUGCCACCGAUGAGCUUUCCUCUGCCCUUGCUAAGCUGUCAGUGCUCAGUCAGCGUAUGGUGGAGCUCGCUGCUCGAGAAAAGACAGAGAAGAUCAUCAAUGCAGAGCUGCAGAAGGCAGCAGCCAACCCUGACCUGCAGGGUCACAUACAGACAUUUCAGCAGGCGGGUUUCAGCAGGGCCACAUCACAACGAGCCUCGAUGGACUACGAUGAUGAAGAGACAGACUCAGACGAGGACAUCAGAGAGACUUAUGGAUAUGAUGUCAAGGAUUCAGGAGAAGUGAAGCCGUAUUUAUUCUGUGACGAAGAGAUUCCAGUCAAAUCGGAGGAGGUGGUCAGUCACAUGUGGCCGACGACACCGUCGUUCUGUGCUGAGCAUGCAUACUCGUCUGCCUCAAAGUCCUGCCCACCAAAUCAGGCCGCUCCGCGCAAGCAGCCGAGGAAAACGCCGCUUGUUCCGCGCAGUCUGGAGCCGCCGGUGCUGGAACUGUCUGCGGCAGCUAAAGCUCAGCUGGAGGAGCUGAUGAUGGAGGGAGAUCUGCUGGAGGUUUCUCUGGAUGAGACACAGCACAUCUGGAGGAUCCUGCAGGCCACACAUCCUCCCUCAGAAGACAAGUUCUUGCAGCUCAUGGAGCCUGUAGACGCUCAGCUGGACAAACCCAUCAAGUUGAAGGUUAAAGAUGUUGAGAAGAAGAGGAAGAGGAAGCUGGAGAGAGCCGAGCAGCUGCUGUUGGCCACGAGCGGUGUGGAGGGCCGACCCAAGAGUAAAGACAUGAAACGUGUUCUGGAGCUCAAACCCAAGAAGAAGAAACUGAAGCUGAACCCGGACAAAUCCCGCGAACUCAAGCAGCUUGCCAAACGCCUCGCUAAAGAGGAGAAGGAGCGCAAGAGGAAGGAAAAAGCUGCCACCAAGGCUGAGUUUUCCAAGGAGGGACUGGAGAAGAAGACCAGGAAGAUUCUGGACAUUCCCUCAAAAUACGACUGGUCAGGAGCAGAGGACUCCAACGAUGAGAAUGCCGUUUGUGCAGCCAAGAAUUGUCAGCGACCGUGCAAGGAUAAGGUGGACUGGGUGCAGUGUGACGGCGGCUGUGACGAGUGGUUUCAUCAGGUGUGUGUUGGUGUGUCCUGUGAAAUGGCUGAGAAUGAAGACUACAUCUGCUCGGCGUGCUCACGUAAAGCCGCUGGAGAAACUGCAGUGAUGUCAUCGCUGGUGUGCAAUCAGUCUGUCACGCCGCUGCCCCAAUCCGACCCGCUGGAGACUAGUUAACCCACAAACACUGCUGCUCCAAAAUGACCGGCUGGAGACUAGAACCUGCGAACACAGACAUUUAAACGCUUCACAAGAACUAAUGUGCCAAAAUUGACGAGGGACACAGUGUGAAUGGCAACACUUCUGUCUGAUAGAUUUAGCUCAUCAUUAUUUUAGCACAGGGAUGCGUUUUAUCUUUCACUUCUACCGAAGGUGUAGUUUUCAAACCCCAGCGCUGUACAUUUUAUCUCUUAUUAGACACACCCAGUUCAGGUGAUGGAGUACUUUAGUUAUUAAUAAGCUGAUGAGUUGAUUCAGGUGUGUUCAAUAAGGGCAGUGCUGGUGUGGCUCCAGGAACGGGUUGAAAACCACUCCGGAGCAAACACACACAGGAGAAUUAAUUAUGUUCCCUUCACAAACGACCAACCCAAGUCCACUGGUAGUCUGCUGGGCAACAUGAGAUUGUGCAGUAAAUGAACAUCCUGUUUGGACCAUUUCCUGUGCCCAGAGCCAUAGCUAACUUGGUUUCAUUUGCAGGAUAGUGGUUGUAUUUUGUGAAUCUAUUUAUUAUGUAAAUUGAUUUUAAGUGAAUUAUGAUGGCAAGUAUAAUGUUUCUCACCUUUCUGCAAAUAAAUAAUGACUGUGA